AUGACUUCGAGCAACGACACUGAUCUCUUCGACACACUCUCCUUGAUCGAGACUGACGAUUCGUCCGAUUUCGAAUUGGUCGACUACGAACAUGAUGAGCGCACGCCCGCACCAUCAUCCAUCGCCUCGGAUGUGCCCAGCUCCGUAUCCGAUGCUGGCAGUGCACCUCCAAGUCCCGACCUUGAAGCCUCUCUCUUCCAUUUCCCUGAUCCCGUAACGGUCUUUGACGAUCAGGACCCGAACGAUGCUGGAUCCAACUCGCUCUACACUCCCAUCGCGCAGUCUCGACAGUUCCAUGAUCCCGCCAUUCCGCAGCCGGACCCUGCGACGCCCAUGGUUGAAAGCUCCGAGCAGAGCACCCACAUCACCACCUUUCCGCAGAACUUCAACGACGUCGAGAAAUCUGCUUCACCCUUCCUUUCCGAGGAAAGACAAGCUUCCCCUUCCAAGCUCCACAGGGGCAUGAAUGCGUUUGCACCAAAGUCCAAGACAGUCUGGCUUGUCGCCGUGCUUGUCACCGUGCUCGUCGGCUUCAAGUCGAGCUCCAUGCUUGGCUACAACAACACACAGCGUGCAUCCUCCCUGCAAGCCCAGCGAGCCGUUCAUCUUGAAUCAUCUACCAAGUUUGCCGCUCCCGCAAUUAGCUCUAAUGUCGUCUCUCUCGGCGCUAGUGCUUCUGGAACUUUGGCUCGACCCAGCGCUUUCCUAGCGCUCGCAUCAAAGCCUUCAUCCUCCAGUCUCGCCCUUCUCAACGCAAAGAGCUCGGAGAAUUCCGUCCGCCAAAAGCAGGAAACCAAGGCCUUCGACAAGGGCAGCAAUCCAGAAAAUAAUCGCUCGGCCUCGCUCCAAGCAACUGCUUCCACACCCAAGGCUCUCAGUGUUGUCGCACAGUCCUCUGCCGGUCCCAGUACUGCCAGUGCCGCGAGACGCUUCGUCAAAGCAUCCAAUGCAUUCGUCCGACCCAGCAAGAAUAGCAGGUAUGCUAGCCUUGCAAAGCAAAAGAUCUUCCAGCUCAGUCCCGACAUGCCCGUCCUGCCUCUCAAGCCCAACAACUCGUAUCUUGACAACGCCACCACCACCACCUGGGCCUUUUGGCUAACCGAGCUUCAAAACUACGAGCAGCUUGUCCUGAGGCCUGCAAUCUUGGCUGCCAAGCAACAAGCAUACGAAGCUGCUCGUCUGGCUCGUCGCUACCACAAAGAGCAGGUCCUCCCCGCUUUUGCCACCGUGCGUGAACAUGUUGUGCACACAGCUCAACGAACGGCCGAGUUCACCGCGCAGUACAACGAGGAGCAAGUCCGCCCUGCAUUCGACUUCGUCUGCGAGCAGGCGACGCAGACGGCACAGCGAACCGCCGACUAUCACGAGAAAGUCGUCGUUCCCGCAUUAGCUCAACUUCGACAACAAGCCAGGGAAGCAGCAAAAACCACUUCCGAUGGUAUCAACAAAGCUGCAAAGAGGUUCUCCUCCGAAGCAGCGGGGACCGUUCAGCAGGUCAAAGAGGCAACGCAGAUCAACCUCGAGUCGCUUGGUGUGGAUGAGUACAUCGGCUUCAUGAUGCACACCUUCAGGACCAUGUCGGACAAUCUGCGUACGCCGCCUAGCCCCGGCAAGACCAAGUGA